AUGUCAGAAGCCCUUACCACUCAACAUACCUUGCCAAAAGCCCCUACCACUCAACAGACCAUGUCAGAAGCCCUUACCACUCAACGCACCUUGCGAGAAGCCUCUACCACCCAACAGACCUUGUCAGAAGCCCUUACCACUCAACAUAUCUUGCAAAAAAUCCCUACCACCCAACAGACCAUGGCAGAAGCCCUUAGCACUCAACAUACCUUGUCAGAAGCCCUUACCACCCAACACACUUUGCCAGAAGCCUCUACCAACCAACUCACCUUGUCAGAAGACCUUACCACUCAACACAACUUUUCAGAGGCUUUUACCACCCAGCAGACCUUGUCAGAAGCCUUUACCACUCAACACACCCUGUCAGAAGCCCCUACCACCCCACAGACCUUGCAAUACGCCCCCACAACCCAGCAGACCUUGCAGGAAGCCCCGACCACCCAGCAGACCUUGUAA